UAAAAGCAGAGUGUCGAGGAGGUAGAGUUCAGAAUGAGAAUAAAGACUUUCAUUGAAAAUGAAGCCAUUUGUUAUUGUAUAUCUCUGUCUCUGCACAUUGGCUUUGUACACCAUUGUAAAUGCAGAUGGAGGCACAGUUCCAAACUGUUGUCUGAAGGUGUCUAAUACAUUUCUGCCCAUUAGUAAAAUCAAAAGUCAUUAUUCACAAAAAAAGGACGGAAGGUGCCCAGUUGACGCUGUUGUAUUCAGCACAGUUAAAGAGAAGACAGUCUGUUCAGACCCCAAAAAAACCUGGGUAAAGAGAGUAAUCAAACAACUCGAGAACAAGAAAAUGACAACACAAGAAUAUCCAAGUAGCACUGGGAAUGAUAGGAUAACAGUCACUCCAGACAGCUAACCAAAUGAUUUUUAAACUUUAGUUCUGAUUCCUUCAUAAUUCUAUAUGUACUAUGCAUCAUUAAACUAACGGUCAAAUCCUAGUAGGUUUAUGUUAUUACUAGAUUUCCUAACAAAUGCAUUGGUGUAAAUAAGUACAUAUUCAGCAAACAAUGAUUUUGAAUGUAAAUCCAAUGCAAUGUUGUUCUGAGUUAUUGAGGUUUGUGAAAAGUAUUGCGCAGUUACAUAUUUUGAGAACAGUAACAAAAUAUAUCCCUCCAGACUCAUGCAAAAAGCUUGUAAAGACCAAGACAUGACAUUUUAAAGCUGGGAUAAAUCAAACCAAAGUGUACUACAGAUACUGUACACUGAGUGGGCUUCAAUACUUAAAGGCUUUUCUAUACUAGAUAUAUUAUUGUUCAGUUUUUUUGGACAAAUGGUAAAAUGUGUAUUGUCACACAUUUAACUUUAAUUUAUUAAUUAUUUAAAUAAGCAGUAAGUAAAACAUAUAUAUUUGUGUGGUUAGUUUGAAGAAACCAGUGCAGCACACUGCAACUAGUAAUGGAAAUGUUUGUUUUUUUUCUAUUAUUUCAAGUUCUAUGACAAAAAUUGUAAAAUACUUAAGCAUGUGUUAUUCUCAAUAAGCUUUAUAUUGACAAAAAUGUAUUUAGUUGUUUGUUGUUAGUUGGUCACUAUGUUACAAUUGAAUGCUGCCUACUGUAUGUGUUGUGAAUGUAUGUCAUUAUAAGCCACUUAA